AUGGCAGAAGCAGGAAAGAGGUAUGCAGUUGUUACAGGUUCAAAUAAGGGAGUUGGAUUUGGAAUAGUUAGGCAGCUGGCUUCAAAUGGGGUCAUGACAGUGUUAACCUCUAGAGAUGAGAAGAAGGGCAUUGAAGCUGUUGAAAAAUUAAAAGACUGUGGCCUCUCAGACCUUGUGGUUUUUCAUCAGCUUGAUGUCACAGACCCUUCUAGCAUUGCUUCCCUGGCAGAUUUUGUCACAACCCAGUUUGGGAAACUAGACAUCUUGGUAAACAAUGCAGGGGUUAAUGGAACUAUUAUGGACCCUGAAGCUCUCAGAGCUGCUGCAGCUGCAGGACUUGGUAAGAAAGAUGUAGAGGUCAAGUGGAGUGAAAUGUUGACUCAGACGUAUGAGUUAGCUGAAGAAUGCAUUAAAACAAACUACUAUGGUACCAAGAAAAUGACCAAAGCAUUUCUUCCUCUCCUCCAGCUAUCCGAUUCACCGAGAGUUGUCAAUAUUUCUUCUGGCCGGGGGAGGUUAAAGCUUAUACCAAAUGAAUGGGCCAAAGGGGUGUUGAAUGAUGCUGAGAAACUUACAGAAGAGAGAAUAGAAGAGGUUUUGAAUGAGUUUCUAAGAGAUUUCAAAGAAGAUAUGCUGGAAACCAAAUGCUGGCCUCCAGCCCUCUCUGCAAUUGUGGCCAAGAAGUACCCAAAUUUUUGUGUAAAUUGCAUCUGCCCUGGAUUUGUCAAAACAGACAUGACCUUCAAUGCUGGCAUCUUCACCGUUGACGAAGCUGCUGAAAAUGUUAUGCGCUUAGCAGUAUUUCCAAGUGGCAUUCCUUCUGGCCUCUUCUUCUUUUCUCAAGAAGUCACUCCCUUUUGA